AUUUCAUGAAACCAAAUUAUAUCAUGUAUGUAUUUGUGUAAUUGUAAGAAUAUAAAUUCAAACAAAUUCAUUUUAUAUAUUUGUCUAUGAACAGAUGGUGCAUAGCAUUAAAUACUAAUCAGUUGGAUUUUGUCAUCGAUAUAUAUGUAAUCAUAAGCUCAAUUUCUGAUUGAUCGAGAUUUUCUAUCACGUGACAGAACUUCCGCCAUUAUAAACAAUGAUCACCUUUCUAAUUCCACCAAGUAUAUAAUGAUCGAUAUCAAUAACGUGAACUUGUGAGAUUAUGAUUUGAAAACUGAAAUAUACAAAUUAUAUCAAAUUUAAAAGCAUGUAGUUUUAAUAUAUCUGUGGCAUAUAGGACAUAUUUGUAGUUGUCUAAAAUAUUGUAUGUACGUUAAUCUAUAUUUUCAAAAGUUUAUGCUAAAUUUUAUUUAGGGAAGUAGGGAAGAAAAAAUUUUUAUACACGCAGGAUUGCUGAAAAAUGGUUCGAUGGAAAAUGUGAUAAAAAAAAAUAUUGGAAGAGAAUCGAUGAUAUUGACGCUUAUAAAAAUUGUUUUUGAGUCUGUGACAGAAAAAAAUGGAACUAGCAAAAGUUCUGCCUAUCCUUAUAUUGAACUCUGAAUUAUCUGUAACAACUGAUGAAAUGAAUAUAAUAAAUGAUGUUUUUUCGUGCAAUAUUGAAUUUUGUUCUAAAUCUAAAUAUUUACUGCAAUCAGCAUCUAUUAACAAGAAUUCGAAGACAAAUGUACGUUCUAAAGAAAGUUGGUGUGAUAUAUUCAGAUUUGAACAUGCAUAUAAAACAUUGAAGAUUCUUAAUAAAUGUGUCGACACUCUUCACACAAAUCCUCCAUGUAAACAUUAUAUUUCAAUGACAUCGGCUUUAUUUCUGUAUCAUAUUUGUUAUUUCUUAGAAUAUGUUUUACGCAGAAUGUAUCUUACGCCGGAACAAGAAAGGAAUAAAGAACUAAAUUAUAGAAAACUUUGGCAUUGUCAAAGAAAAUCUGUUGAAGAUGUUACUAAGUCUACUACAGAUCUAGAAGAACAACGAAUUAAUCAUAAAAAAAUGCUCGCGGACACAAUCAAACAAUACGAGAAAAAUAUAGUUACUAUCAAUGAAAUUGACAAAAGAUGCAACGAAUAUAUCACAAGUACAAACGUGAGAUAUGAAAAGAAACAAAUUGUUAUAUGUAAAGCGUGGAUAUACGAACAAAGUAACAUACAGUCAGCAUUAAAAAACAUUAUCGAUGAUUUUGAAUCCUUAAAAGAUAUCAAUAUGAAAAAAGAACAAACUAUUUGUAAACGAAAAUUGAUAACUGAAUCGAAAUUAUUAACGAUAAUAACUAAGUACGAUACAGAAAUUGGCAAUAGAUGUAAAAUGUUGGAACAACUUAGCGAAAUAUAUAAAUAUCACAAGCUAGAGAAAUACGACUUGGAGAAAGAAAUGAAACAACAAGAAAAAGGAUAUCUUGUUUUUAUUAAACAAAAAGAGAAAAUUGGAGAGUAAUAUAUUUUUAUAAAUCUUUUAAGCUACAUUUUAACAAGCAUGAUCUGCAAAGAGAAUUCAACGUUGAUGAUCGCGCAAGAUUUUUCGAAAUAGAAAA